UUACCACGUAAUUACAGAAUAGACUGCACUGCAUAAUCUACACUAGGUGUUACCUUAUGCAGUAUUUGCAGAGCCCAGCAAUCUUAUAUCUUAUCACCACGUGCUUUUUCUUUGGACCAGAUGAAGCUUCUGCUUUUGUGGCGGGGUAUCAAGAAAUGUUCGUGUCGCGCCGUGGCCCCCUUUUCGGGGGGACCCCUCCUUGGGCCAGCAGGGAAAAAAAAUUCAGAAAUUGGCAGCAAUGAAUCCACCCCACCUUAUAACUUCGCUUCACUCCAUAUUACCAGCCUCUUUCUUUUCUUCAUACUUCAUUUAAGAACAAAUUCCUCACCAACGAAAAUCUUGUUAUUCUCUCUUUGUUCUUCGUCUCUUCCUCACAAAAGCAUUCAUCAUGGGUUUCGCUGACAUUCUCACCGACGCUGGCCUUGCCAUGCUUGACAGCUGGUUGUCCACGCGCUCGUACAUCGUUGGCAACUCUGCCAGCCAGGCCGACGUCGUCACCUACAAGGCCCUGAGCUCUGCUCCCGACGCCACCAAGUACGCCAACGCUGCUCGGUGGUACAAGCACAUCGCCUCGUUCGAGGAUGAGUUCUCCAACCUGCCCGGCGACUCCACCAAGGCUUACACCGAGUACGGCCCUGACAAGACCGAGGCUACCCUGAACCCCGCCAAGGCCCCCGCUGCCGAGGAGGACGACGACGAUGUCGACUUGUUCGGAAGCGACGACGAGGAGGAGGAUGCCGAGGCUGCCCGUGUCCGCCAGGAGCGCCUCGACGAGUACAACAAAAAGAAGGCCGCCAAGCCCAAGACCAUCGCCAAGUCGGUUGUCACUCUUGACAUCAAGCCUUGGGAUGAUGAGACCAACAUGGUCGAGCUCGAGGCUGCUGUCCGCGCCAUUGAGCAGGACGGUCUUGUCUGGGGUGCCUCCAAGCUGGUUCCCGUUGGUUACGGUGUCAGCAAGCUCCAGAUGACCCUGGUCGUUGAGGACGACAAGGUCGGUGUCACUGAGCUCCAGGAGCAGCUCGAGGAGCUUGAGGACUACGUCCAGUCCACCGAUGUCGCUGCCAUGCAGAAGCUGUAAAUUGCUUAAAAAAGGCAAGGGCGAUCAAGGAAAAUAUUGAGAUAAUGCUGCAUGACAAUGAUUUGCUUCAUGAUAUGAAAUGAUCGCGGGAAACCCUUUUCUAGGCAUAUGACCUCAAACGAAAAUGGAUGACAAAAAAGUAAAGUCAGCAACAUAGACGAAUGAAGAAAAUAGAAGCUUUGUUUGCUGCUUGUUGAAGUCUGGAUA